CUAUAAAAAUAGCUAUCAGUUAUUUCUCAAACGAAACCCCGAAUUUCUCAUACAAAUUCCCAAUCCAUUUUCUCUCUCAUAACCUCCAAGUCCAUUCCUUCAAUGGGACUGGUUUCCGAUACCUCCUCCUCCCUCCAACGCCGAACCACUUUGUAGUUUCGAAUUCCCUCCCCCUCUUUCCGUUUCCUUCUCAGCAAAACGUAAACAUAUCAAAGGAAUUCAAAAAGGAGCCGGAUGAGGUAUUUAUUGGAGUUCGUUUCUUGUUGCGCUACGCCGACGACACUCGAGCGGGAAACUUCAGUGCCUGGGGAGGAUGAGGGGAGGUGGCUUGUCCCGGCGCCGGUUGUUUCUUCUACAGCUUCCGCUUCUUCUCAACGUCGAAAUCGUAAGAAGCAUAAAAGGAGUGCCUCGGCUGAUUGGAGGCCUUCGUUGGGAUCGAUCUCAGAAGAUGUAGUUGUUCAACCGAAAGUUACGGUGGCUUGUGCAGGAAAGGAGGUUAAGAAGAAGACCGCCGUCCGUGGUGCCGGCAAGGUGUAUCACCGGAACUACAGCGACGGUUAUCACGGGUCUAUGAUUAUGCCAGCAUUUUCUGCAACGCCAUUCAUGUUUUGAAAUUUUAAAUAUGAUGUGUGUAUUGUAUUUAUAUUUAAUGCUAGCAGAGUGUGCUACUAGGUAAAAAUAUUGCUAAGGGGCACCCACCUUUGACCUUGUAAUUAAAUUAAAGUAAUCAAUCAUCGAUCACUUUUUCUUCCAAA